CUUUGUUGUUAAUACUUGCGUGAUAUCAUCAUAUCGGUGAAAUCACUUCGACCGUGAAAAGCGAUCGAAAUAACCGUGAUGUUUGAAUUUAAGCGGUUACAGGAAAUUUAGACAAAACAAAUGGCGGGAUUUGUGGCAAUAUUUAGACAAUGCGUCAGAAGUUCGCAAUGAAACAAUUUUUACAUAUCGCGAUUCUAUGGUUCGUCGUCCUUUCAACUAAUUACUCGAAUUGUAAACGUCUUCGAAAGAGGUCUUUGAGGAACUCGUCUCGUUCCGUGAAGGGCUUUCAUCCAAGAUAUAGAAGAGACUUAACUUAUCCCUAUCACACAAAAUUAAAAAAACAGCUUUUAACCGACAAAGCGGUGAAACAUGGACAAGAAAGUAUUUUGGAAGCUUAUUCGCAUUCGACAGGACGACUUAAACGUGGAAGCAAUAAUAUCUCUGGCAACAAAGCUUCGAAUGGAAAGGCUUCACAUGCAUCGUUAUUACCGCAACCAGCAAAGCCGUUACGAGUGGUUGCAACUUCUGCUGUGAUAAAAAACCGACUUAAAAAGACCAAACCUCUGAAGGCUAUUCACAUAUGGGGACCGACACCCUUCAAAACUGUGAUGGAAAACCUACGGAAACUGAACGUGAAUCUUCAAAAGCAAAGAGGAGCUGUUAAAAGAUUAUUCCUUCCAGUUCAAUUUCAGCGAAAGCAACUAUUGAAUGCUUUAACCGGUAGAUCGCCUUUUCCAGGACCAACAGGGCCUUUUAUACGGCAGUUUCCCCCUUUUAACCCAGAAAGAGAGUUUCCGGCUGUGUCUCCUCCGAUACAUUCCCCCAAUGCUAUUCAUCUUGAAGAAGGACCUCCUCCCGCCUCUCUCGUACCAGGUCCUAUUGGACUUGGUCCUCCACCGUUACCAUUUCCACCCCAGCCCGUUUCCCAUUUACAUGAGAUGGAACCUGUGCACCUACGAGAGGAAACCCCAGACCACGCGUUCCUACACCCCCCUGACUUUGCCCCUGUUCCUGAAAUAACUCCUAUGCAUGAGAGUGCUCCAUUACCACCUUUCCCUACGACUAUCGGUCCACCACCAGACGAAUUUCCAGCUAAUUUCGAUCCGCCUGAUAUACCUGCGAAUCUUCCAGCUAACUUUGAGCCACCGCCAGGUUUGUUUGAACCGCCACUCCCCUUUCAGAUGGCUGGGGAGAUACGUCAACAUGUGAAUCGUCACGUCCACAAAGGUGUUUCAAAAGCGAAAUGUAGUCCUAAUCCGUGCAAGAACGAUGGUGUAUGUACAGCUUUUGAAAAGCACUACGAGUGUGAGUGCCCUAUGGGAUUCAUGGGAAAGGAUUGUGAAGAGGUCAACCAUUGCCUCCCGAAUCCGUGUAAAAAUGGAGGAAACUGUUAUGCAACGGCAAGCGGCUACCACUGCACAUGCGUCAAAGGAUUCAAAGGACCGAACUGUGAUAUCACUAGCAAGUGCAUCCCCAGUCCAUGCAAGAAUGGAGGCACGUGUGAGGAGAACGGUGGCUCUUACAAGUGUCUUUGCCUUCCUGGAUUUGAAGGCAGUAAUUGUGAAGCUGCUGACCAUUGUGCCAUUGGGAACCCCUGCAAAAACGGCGGGACCUGCUUAAAUGGAGAAAAGAACUUUGAGUGUCAUUGCUUACCAGGAUUUUAUGGCUCAGAUUGUGGAGAUUUAGACAUGUGCUACACUAAUCCAUGUCAAAAUUCUGGAACUUGUCACAACACCGGUGCUGGGCAGUUCAUGUGUUUAUGUCCUGUGCUGUUCAGAGGAAUCACGUGUGAUGAAAAAUUUUCUAAAUGUGAAUCUCAACCAUGUCAAAAUGAAGGAACGUGUGAAGAGGACGAGGAAGAAGGCUUUCACUGUAUCUGCUCCAGCAAGUAUCAGGGACGGCAUUGCGAAGUCCCUACAGAAUUACACAGCGCCUGCUUCAAUAAUCCUUGUGUAAAUGGAGGGAAAUGUGUUCCCGUAGAAAACACAUAUAAGUGCAUUUGUAAAAGUGGAUUUUCAGGAAACACAUGCGAAGGUUCAGUCAAAAUGACGGCCGUUCCUGUGUUGUGUGCUGAUUGUCAUGCGCACGCCAGAUGUCUUGAUGGGAAAUGCGUUUGCGAAGAAGGAUACGGCGGAAACGGCAAUGUAUGUGAAGUGUUGAAAGUUACGGAGAUCAGUGAGCACACACCAACCGCGCCGCCAACUAGUCUUCACGUGAUUACAGGCUCCCCCUUGAGUAAUGUUUGUCAUCCUAAUCCCUGCUAUAAUGGUGGCUCUUGUCAUGAAACAGCAAAAGGAUUCACUUGUGAUUGCGCUGAGCAUUACAUGGGACCAUUGUGCAAACAUGUCAGCCCUUGCCUGGGAAAUCCCUGUGAGAAUGGUGGGACAUGCAUUGAAGGAGGAAUUGUAGGCGGCUACAUAUGCAGAUGCAGAGAGGGGUACAAUGGGGAGAACUGCGAAGAAGCCAGUGCCUGCGAGCCAAAUCCGUGUAAAAAUGGCGGUACCUGUCACUUGAAGGCGAAGUCCUAUGUUUGUCAGUGUACUCAACGGUUUGAAGGCUUCACAUGUGCAGAGGAUAAAUGUGCAAGAUGCGAUGUCCAUGCCCACUGUGAAAAUGGAAAGUGUGUGUGUGAUGGAGGUUAUUACGGAGCUGGGACUUUGGGAGAAUGUUUCCGUGUGGGAGCUUCAAACCCAAGAUUCUGUGUUCCGAAUCCCUGCCAACAUGGUGGAUCUUGCUUCGAAGAAGCAAACGGUCACAGAUGUGUCUGUACAUCUGAUUACGAUGGAGAAAACUGUGAGCUAUCCACCAGAGCAGCUCCGCCUUCCCACAAAAUACCGGACCCUUGUGCAGGCGAGCCUUGUAAAAACGGAGGGAGCUGUGUUCCAAAAGCGAACAAAUUUCAAUGUUUGUGCUCCAUGGGAUUUGAAGGGCCAACGUGCGAGGUGACAGCAAAGUCAUAUUGCCAUCCCAAUCCUUGUCUACAUGGAGGGAAAUGUACUGACAGCAAAAGUGGAUACACUUGUAAAUGCAUCGGCUCGUACAGAGGGGUUAAUUGUGAAGUGGAUGACUGUGAGCAAUGUGAUAUUCACGCCAUAUGUGUUCAGGGAGCUUGCAAAUGCAGAGUGGGUUUCAAAGGUGAUGGUUUUGAAUGCAAAAAGGUUAAACGUUGCCAUCAUUGCAGCCCUAAUGCAACGUGCAUAAACAACGAAUGCGUUUGCAAGACUGGAUUCAUUGGCAACGGCCAGCAGUGCCACAAGGAUGACUGCCAAGGUUGUCCACUUCACUCUCACUGUAAACGUGGAAUCUGCAUUUGCAUACCUGGAUUUGUUUUUGACGGCCACCAUUGUGUUGCCACGUUACCAAAACCAGAACCAGCGAGCUGUCCUGAAGAAUGUAGCAAAGGCCUAACCUGUCCGGAAACGUGUCCGAGCAAAUGCUGUAAGACCUCUGAACAGCACCCAGUAUGUCCAGAUCAUUGUAAUCAUAUCUGUGGACCAGCUUGUCCAGAUCAUUGCUGCCCUCAAACUCUCGAUCACCCUUUAUCGCCAAGCCCUCUUGUUUGUCCGCCUGAGUGUCACAUAAGCUGUCAUCAGUCAUGUCCUGUUCACUGUUGCAAAAUUAUCACGCUAGCAUCAACGGCAUGUCCGAGUCAAUGUCAGACUAGCUGUGCGCCAUCAUGUCCCAGUCACUGCUGUGCACCACAACAAGCCUGUCCACCUGAAUGUCACAUAAGCUGCUCUCAGGUAUGUCCUGGCCAUUGUUGCAAAGUUGUCAAGCCAAUAGCUGCGGCAUGUCCAAGUCAAUGUCAGACCAGCUGUGCGCCAUCGUGUCCGAGCAACUGUUGUACACCACAGUAUCAACCGACGGUUGCGCCAGCACAACUCGCUUGUCAUUCGAUUUGCAAGACAACUUGUCUUCCAGCCUGCCCGAAACACUGCUGCGUAAUCAGAAUAUUUCCAGUUUCAUUUUGCCCUGAUCAGUGCCAGGAGACAUGUGAUCGGUUCUGUCCUUCAUUUUGCUGUUCACUGCCACGACUUUCCACACAGCAGCCAACAUCAGCUCCUCAAAUAUGCCCCUCUACUUGCAGUGCCAGUUGUUUACCACCGUGUCCAAAAUUUUGCUGCAAGAUAUCGAUUACACCAUUGAAUAACUGUCCAAGCACUUGUAUUGAUAACUGCCUCCCAAGCUGUCCAAAACAUUGUUGCGAGGUUCCAUACCUUCCAAAUAAUUUGCCAUCGCCAUCACCGGAUGCGUGUCCGUCGCAUUGUACUUAUCACUGUGACAGUUCCUGUCCGUUAAAGUGUUGUUUAGGAGCAACAGAUCAUCCACUUUACCCACCUCAACCAUCGGCACAGACUCCAAAUAGUAACGGAUCAGAUUUCCAAGGGUCCUUCCUUCCAGUAUCCUCUCCUUUGUCAAAGUGCCCAGCUUAUUGUUUGUCAUACUGUAUCCCUGUAUGCCCUAUUUAUUGUUGUCAACGACAAAAUAUAUCUCCGCUCUUGGUGAAAUCACCCGAAGAAACAGUUCCACCUCUAGGAAGAUCCCUAAAGAAUAUCGACGCAGACUAUAAAGCAAAAAUGGUGCAUCAUUUAUCUGAAUUGUUAGCUAGUCCUCUUCUACAAUGUCAACCUUCAUGUUUCUCAGAGUGCUCGGAUGCCUGUCCCAAAAUGUGCUGUGACAUAAGAAAGAAAAAGAAAAUGUACGUUUUCAGACGAAAAAAGAAAGCCCAUAUCAGCAAACCCUUCACAGGCAAGAAUGGGGAUAAUAGGAUUGAAAAUCGUCCGAAAGAAAAGGAAUAAAAAGAAACACGAAAACGCUAUUUAAAAUUCUAAAUUUAAAUCUUACUUCUUUGGAGCAAUUUUGCCUUUUUUUUAAAAGUGCACGCUGUUUAAUUGUCUCUGUAGUGGAACGUGACUAGUUGUACUAGCAUAUGCUUUGCUUAUUUGUAUCCAUGGGCCUCUUAAAGAAAAGAACAUCGGUUGGUUUUUCAUAAAGAACGACGAAUCUGUAAUA